AUGACUAUGAAAGAUCAGAUAACAAUAUCAAAACCAAUGACAUGGUAUGAAAUUAAAAGUCACAUUGAAAAAGGUGACAUUAGCAUAUUCAAUCGAACCCCUGAUGUAGCAGAAAAAUAUCAUAAACAUAAAGAAAAUGUUACAAGAAAGGGUUCCAAUUUAAUGGAGUUUAUGGUUAAAUAUAAACUGCAUUGGGAUUUAAACGAAUUGCAAAAACUAAGUGAAAAAUACCCUACUGAUAAGGACAAAAUUGACGCUAUUCUGAGUGAUAAAAGUUUAUAUACCUUAAUUGUUAACAAUUUCCCGUAUAACUUUGAUCAUAAUGUUUACCAUUUAUGUUUAUGGUCCAAAAUCUAUAUUCCUUUGUAUAUUGAUGUAGAAAAAGAUGAUAGUAGAGAUUAUUAUUCUAAGGAUCCAGCCUGUCAAUUGAAAAUUCAAAAAUUUUGGCAAAUGAACUUAGCUGAAUUAAUUAGUGAGUGCGGUGGUUCGAAAAAUGUGGAUUAUUGUUGGUUUAUUAAUUAUCCCAAUUUGCAAAGUAUAAGACAAAUUUCGCAUAUUCAUAUUUUAAUAUAUAUUGAUAAACACAAUGUCCCUCAUGCUGAUGAACUAAUUACUAAAUUGUUGUUAAAAGAUGGUGGUGAUACAUCAGUAGUUGUAGCUUAA